ACACACACACACACACACACACACACACACACAUUCUUUCUCCCUCUCUCUCUCUCACACACACUCACUUGUUCUGUGUAUGUGUCCCCACAGCGUACGGUGCAGAAGAAUGCCAAGUAUGUGUGCCUGGCCAGUAAGAACUGUCCGGUGGACAAACGGAGACGUAACCGCUGCCAGUACUGCCGCUUCCAGAAGUGCCUCAGUGUCGGCAUGGUGAAGGAGGUGGUGCGUACAGACAACCUGAAGGGCCGUCGAGGUCGUCUGCCCUCCAAACCAAAGAGCCCGCUGCAGGCGGAGUCCUCGCCUCCCUCGCCUCCCCUCAGCCUGCUCUCUGCUCUGCUCAGGGCCUACUCACACUGCACUCCCAGGGAACUAGACUACAGCCAGUUCAGUGCGGCGGAAGCCCCCUCCUCCUCCUCUGACACCCAGUACAUACAGCUCUUCUAUAGGCUGCUCACCAUCUCCAUGGAGACCACGCGUUGCUGGGCCGACCGGCUGCCCGGCUUCAAUGAGCUUCACGGCGAUGACCAAAACCUUCUCAUAGACUCCGCCUUCCUGGAGCUCUUCGUCCUGCGAUUGGCCCACAGGUCUUUGUUGUCGGAGGAUAAGCUGGUGUUCUGUAAUGGCCUGGUGCUGAGCAGGUUCCAGUGUCUGAGAGGUUUUGGAGAGUGGCUGGACUCCAUCAGAGACUUCUCCUCUCAUCUACAGAGUCUCAACCUGGACACAUCCGCCUUCUCCUGCCUGGCUGCCCUGGUGCUGCUCACAGAGCAGGUCCCAGGACUGAAGGACAGUAAGCGCGUUGAGGAGCUGCAGAACAAGGUGGUCUGUUGCCUUAGAGACCACCUGGGCUUUGGCCCCUCCUCCUCCUCCAAGGCCACGCCCCCUCUAAGUCGUGUGCUGGGUGUUAGGGCGGAGCUCCGCUCCCAGAGGACCCAGGGUCUGCAGAGGAUCUUCUACCUGAAGCUGGAGGACCUGGUCCCACCCCCACCUCUGAUUGACAGGUUCCUAGACACUCUGCCCUACUGAUGCUGCCUGGGCUGAUUAUGCCCACACAUACGUGUCACAUCCUGUUUAAGACACACCCCCCCCCCCCC